ACCCCCUUGUCCGUCAUUCCCGUGCGCGCUCUCCCCUCAAACCCUUCCCCUCCCCCGUGAAUUCCAGACUUGGGAGAAGUAAACAGCGGGCGGAGCGAGGCCUACAGACCCAGGCCAGGCGGGAGCAUGCUGGGGCUCUGGGGGCAGCGGCUCCCCUCGGCGUGGGUCCUGCUCCUGUUGCCGUGCCUGCCGCUGCUGCUGCCCGCAGCCCCCUCGCUCCGCCGCACGUCCUACAAGCCGGUCAUCGUGGUGCAUGGGCUCUUCGACAGCUCAUACAGCUUCCGCCACCUGCUGGAAUACAUCAAUGAGACACACCCCGGGACUGUGGUGACAGUGCUCGAUCUCUUCGAUGGGAGAGAGAGCUUGCGACCCCUGUGGGAACAGGUGCAAGGGUUCCGAGAGGCUGUGGUCCCCAUCAUGGCAAAGGCCCCUCGAGGGGUGCAUCUCAUCUGCUACUCGCAGGGGGGCCUGGUGUGCCGAGCACUGCUCUCUGUCAUGGAUGAUCACAAUGUGGAUUCUUUCAUCUCCCUCUCCUCUCCACAGAUGGGACAGUAUGGAGACACGGACUAUUUGAAGUGGCUGUUCCCCACCUCCAUGCGGUCUAACCUCUACCGGAUCUGCUACAGCCCCUGGGGCCAGGAAUUCUCCAUCUGUAACUAUUGGCACGACCCCCACCAUGAUGACUUGUACCUCAAUGCCAGCAGCUUCCUGGCCCUGAUCAAUGGGGAAAGAGAUCAUCCCAAUGCCACAGCAUGGCGGAAGAACUUUCUUCGUGUGGGCCGCCUGGUGCUGAUUGGGGGCCCUGAUGAUGGUGUUAUUACUCCCUGGCAGUCCAGCUUCUUUGGUUUCUAUGAUGCAAAUGAGACCGUCUUGGAGAUGGAGGAGCAACUGGUUUAUCUGCGUGAUUCUUUUGGGUUGAAGACUCUCUUGGCCCGGGGGGCCAUAGUGAGGUGUCCGAUGGCCGGGAUCUCCCACACAGCCUGGCAUUCCAACCGCACCCUUUAUGAGACCUGCAUUGAACCUUGGCUCUCCUGAAGAUGUCCUCAGGGUCCCCAGGACCUCCCCAGCCCAGAAACCAAGUGGUGGCCUUGGAAAGCAGAUGUCAGGCUUGGGAGUGCCUAUGACCACCUCAUUGCUCCCACACUGCCCCCCACCCACCAGAGCUCCCAGAACCCCCCUGUUCUGUUCCUCCGUGAAUGAAAAGUUCCGGUCUCCCCUACCUCAUGUCCUCUUACUUGGAGGGUUGCUCCAUGCUCUCCCUUUCUCCCAAGGCUGAAGUUGGGAAGUGAGAAACCAGGUUUUUAACUUGUGGCUGCUCCUGCUGCUGCUGCUGCUCCUCCGUAUCUGGCUGUACAGGAGGAGAACCCAGCCCCUGCCCACCACAGGGGUCUUCCAGGCCACUCAGGACAUUUUUAGCUUCUGUCUACCCCAUGUUCCCUUUUUCUGUGAACUCCCCUGUCAUCAGCCCUCCCAACCCCCAAAAGGGACUACCCAUGAGAGUGGGGUUCUGAGGCUCCCCCAUGGGGACAGUUCCGUUCUCAAAGUGUCAGUGUUGGGGAAUAUCUGCGGCCUGUGAGGCCCAUCUCAGGUUUGGGGAUCCCCCAGUCCCUAUGAUCAGUGUUGGGGUAACCCCUGGAAGCCUAGUUCCUUUGAGGCUCCAGCCCUUUUAACUACCCUUGAAGGGGUGUUACCCCUGUAUUUAUGGAAAUAAAGUUCCAUUUGCUCA